AGUCAUGUGCUCUAAACAACAUAAAUACUGCGGCUGUAUCAUUUCAGUGAAUUUGUCCGUCUAAAUUAUUCUUUUUACCACAUCUCGACACCGAUCACAGCAAUGGCGACGAAGGUUGGAGGUAUAUCACAGGCGAAGAAAGCCACACCCGAGGUGCAGAAGAUCUGCGAUGAGGUCAAACCUCAGGCAGAAGAGAAGGCAGGGAAGUUUGCCACUUUCGUUGUCGCAUCUUUCAGCACUCAGGUUGUGGCCGGGACCAACUAUUUUAUCAAGGUGAACGUCGGAGGAGGUGACUUCAUCCAUCUGAAGGUUCAUAAGUCUCUUCCUCACAGUGGAGAAAAACUCCAGCUGCACAGCAUCCAGGCGUCGAAAACUCAGCAGGAUCUCAUCGAAUACUUUUAAUACAAGCACAUACUGUAUACAGAGCGGCCUGAUAUGUGUGAUGUAUAUUCAGAUCACUCUGUUGCCUGCUAUACAACGAGAGUUUUAUAAGACCAACACAGCUUUGUUUACUUUUACAAACAUUUUACUGAAAUAGCUGCACAUUGAUAUGAAUCUACACUCCAAAUCUGUUUUAUAGAAAAUAAUGGAAUUUCUGAAAUAAAGGGAAAUCAAGUUCAUACUUUUAAA